GAAGGAGCCAUCGUCAUUCCAAAAGACUCUCUCCUCUCUCUUUUUCCUCUGAAAGAAGUGGGACAGGAAUGGGGAAGGGAGUAUUUGAUCUAGAGAAGCACUUCGCCUUCUACGGGGCGUACCACAGCAACCCGAUGAACAUCCUGAUCCACACCUUCUUCGUUUGGCCCAUUUUCUUCACAUCUCUCGUUCUCUUCCACUUCACCCCUCCCCUCCUCCCUCUGGGCUUCGGGUAUGGCGAGGGACAGGAGUUGGCCCUCAACCUCGGCUUCGUCGUCGCUCUCGUCUUCGGGCUCUUCUACGUGUUCAUGGAUCGCAAAGCCGGCUCCUUGGCUGCUCUCCUCUGCAUCCUCUGCUGGGUCGGCAGUGAUUGGCUUGCGAGCCGACUUGGCUUCUCUCUGGCAUGGAAGUUUGUUCUUGCAGCUCAGUUAUUUUGCUGGACCGGACAAUUUUUAGGCCAUGGAAUUUUUGAGAAACGAGCUCCUGCUCUUCUAGACAACCUUCCUCAAGCCUUAUCGAUGGCUCCCUUCUUUGUCUUCCUUGAGGUACUCAAAAAUUUCCUUGAUUAUGAACCGUAUCCUGGUUUCCAUGCCGGCGUCCAUGCAAAGAUAGAUGCUGAACGCAAGGAAUGGCUGGAAAACAAACAGAAGAAAAUUUCAUAACUGUGUCCACUCUUCGAGUCAGUUGAAUGAUGUCGGUUCCUUAAUCUUUACAGUCAAUGCUAUAGUUUCUCUAUUGAGUUCAAAUACAGUUGUCGGUAACUUAGAGGAACUGCAACCCUUGUGUAAUACGAAUGCUUCAUUUCAUAGCAUAUAUAGUUUAGAAAAGGAUUAUAAUACUUACAGAACAAUGUGCAUCACUUGAAAUCUCCUUACUGUUUUGAUAAUAUAAACAACAAUUAUAGGUGAUACAAUGCAAAAAAAAA